AUGGGCACCACCAAGGCGGCGGAUGGCGCCGGCGCGCUGCUGGGCUUUGGGGAGACGGUGCGCGAGCUGCGGGAGGCGUACGAGGGCGGGAGGACCCGGAGCGUGGCGUGGCGGCAGGCGCAGCUCCGGGGCCUCCUCCGGCUCCUCCAGGAGAAGGAGGCGGAGGCGUUCCAGGCGCUCCGCACGGAUCUCGGCAAGCACCACGCCGAGGCCUACAGGGACGAGGUCGGGCUGCUCAUCAAGUCCACCAACGGCGCGCUGCGGCAGCUCGGCAAAUGGAUGACGCCGGAGAAGGUGUGGGUUCCGCUGAUCGCUUUUCCGGCGACCGCGCAGGUGGUGCCGGAGCCGCUCGGGGUCGUCCUCGUCUUCUCCUGCUGGAACGUCCCCUUGGGCCUAUCGCUGGAGCCGCUGAUCGGGGCGAUAGCGGCCGGGAACGCCGUGGCCCUGAAGCCGUCGGAGCUCUCGCCGUGCACCUCCAGGUUCCUGGCCGACAACAUCGGGAGGUACAUGGACUCCUCCGCGGUGAAGGUCGUCCAGGGCGGCCCGGAGGUCGGGGAGCAGCUCAUGGAACACCGCUGGGACAAGGUCCUCUUCACCGGGAGCCCGCGCAUCGCGCGCGCCGUGAUGGCCGCGGCGUCCAGGCACCUGACGCCCGUCGCGCUGGAGCUGGGCGGCAAGUGCCCGUGCAUCUUCGACGCCAUGGGCAGCGCCCGGGACCUGCAGAUCUCGGUGAACCGCAUCAUCGCGGGCAAGUGGUCGUCCUGCGCCGGACAGGCCUGCAUCGCCAUCGACUACGUGCUCGUCGAGGAGCGCUUCGCGCCCAUCCUGAUCAAGGUGCUCAAGUCGACGCUGAAGAGGUUCUUCCAGGAAACGGAUCACAUGGCACGGAUCGUGAACAAGCGCCACUUCGAGAGGCUGAGUAACCUUCUGGAAGACAGAUCCGUGGCACCGUCCGUCCUGCACGGCGGCUCCAUGGACGCCAAGAACUUGUACAUUGAGCCCACGAUACUGCUGAACCCACCGCUGGACUCCGCGAUCAUGACCGAGGAGAUAUUCGGCCCCCUGCUCCCGAUCAUCACGGUCAAGAAGAUCGAGGACAGCAUCGCCUUCGUGAAGGCCAUGCCGAAGCCGCUCGCCAUCUACGCGUUCACCCGGGACGCCGCGCUGCGGCGACGGAUCGUGGACGAGACGUCGUCCGGGUGCGUCACCUUUAACGACGCGGUAGUACAGUACGCGAUCGACGGGCUCCCGUUCGGCGGCGUCGGGCAGAGCGGGUUCGGGCAGUACCAUGGGAAGUACUCGUUCGAGAUGUUCAGCCACAAGAAGGCGGUCAUGAAGCGGGGCUACCUCGUGGAGCUGACACUCAGGUACCCUCCGUGGGACGAGAGCAAGGUCACCCUGAUGCGCUACCUCUACCGCUUCAACUACUUCGCGUUCGUUCUCUCCUUCCUCGGGCUCAGGAGAUGA